AUGUUUGUGGCCGGCUCCAGGGUAUUGCGACUUGCCUGCAGGCCUAAUAUAGCUGCAUUUUGCCAGCGACAUGCUGUUUUAGAAUCAUACGCCCGUCCAGCGCUGGUUAUAUCACAAUACUCGACAACAUCGGAAGCUGUUGAAGCCGAAAAACCUGCAUCCAAUGCAUCAACGCAUAAAGGCGCAAAGCCGACAUCAGCCGGUAAUGGCUCUAAGAUGGUUUCUCAAGAUGCUAGUGCAGUUUCCGAGGUGACCCCUGAUAAGGAGGGCCGGACGCCAUCCAACAAGCGCCUCAUUCGCUUCGUUGAAGCCAUACCCAAGGAAAAGUCCAGGAGAAAAGCAGAAGGCAUUUCUCCGCGUUUUAUAGGCCCCUGGCGCCAAAUGCACUCCCAUAUUCCAAUCGAUGUUAAUGGAAAGAGAGUAUAUUUUGAGCCGUUGCAUCUCCGGGAUUCAUGUACUUGUGUUCGCUGUGUUCACCCAUCCACAAAGCAGCGUACUUUUGAAACUGCCCAGAUACCAGAGAAGAUUACCGCCAAAAGUGUAACUGCGGGUGAAGACUCAGUCACAAUCGAGUGGGCAAGGGACAUUAAAGGAUUUGAGGGCCAUACGUCCACUUUUUCUACGAGCUACCUCCAAAAGUUGACGUCGGUGCAAGUGGGUUCCAAGCCUGCAGACCCUGCCUACUACUGGGACAAGUCCGCAUUCGAGAAAACCAGUCAUUGGAUCUCCUACGAUGAUUACAUGAACAAUGCUGAUGCAUUUAAAUUAGCGAUGAUGCAGCUAAACCGAUAUGGUUUACUGUUCUUAAGGGGCGUACCGGAGGACACGGAAAGUGUUUCUAGAAUUGCUACUCAUAUUGGGCCUAUUAAAAACACAUUCUACGGCUCAACUUGGGAUGUUCGAAAUAUUCCAAACCCAAAGAACGUUGCGUACACAAAUGUUGACCUUGGAUUCCACAUGGAUUUACUAUAUCUUAUCCAGCCGCCCGGCCUCCAGUUCCUCCACUGCAUAAAAAAUGAGCUACCGGGCGGUGAGUCUCUCUUUGCGGAUAGCUUCUAUGCGGCAAAUGUUCUUCGAAAAACAAGCAAACCUCACUUCGAUUUUCUUACCGAAUCCUCGAUGACUUUUGGAUACGACAAUGACAACCAGAUGUACACGGCCACGCGGAAGAUUAUCAAUAUAUCCGAUAAAGAUGAAGGCAGAAUCGUAGAUAUUAACUAUUCACCUCCAUUCCAAGCACCAUUUUGGAAUACCAACAACGUUCCUAGAGAUACAUAUACCCGUAUUGGCAAGUCACUGAAGCAAUUCAAGUAUUUGCUAGAGAAUAAGAAGAACAUCUUUGAACUCAAGAUGAAACCGGGCGAAUGCGUUAUAUUCCAGAAUCGACGGGUUGUCCAUGCUAGACGUGCCUUUGGUAACGCAAAUGCCACAACUGGCGGGGACCGAUGGCUACGUGGCUGUUAUAUAGAUAGUGAUGUAGCUGUUUCUAAGUUCCGUACCUUGGGGAUAUACUAA